AUGUAUCUUUUCCCUCUCUUCCCUCGAAUAAUAUCUGUACCUUUCCCUCUCUUUCCUCUAAUAAUAUCUAUAAUAUCUGUACCUUUCCCUCUCUUCCCUCUAAUAAUAUCUGUAUUUCCUCUCUUCCCUCUAAUAAUAUCUGUACCUUUCCCUCUCUUCCCUCGAAUAAUAUCUGUAUCUUUCCCCUCUCUUCCCUCGAAUAAUAUCUGUACCUUUUCCUCUCUUCCCUCGAAUAAUAUCUGUACCUUUUCCUUUUCCCUCUCUUUCCCUCUUUUCCCUCGAAUAAUAUCUGUACCUUUCCCUCUCUUCCCUCUAAUAAUAUCUGUAUCUUUCCCUCUCUUCCCUCUAAUAAUAUCUAAUAAUAUCUGUACCUUUUUCCUCUCUUCCUUCCUCUCUUUCCUCUCUAAUAAUAUCUGCCAAUAUCUAAUAUCUGUAUUUUUCCCUCUCUUCCCUCUAAUAAUAUCUGUAUCUUUUCCCUCUCUUCCCUCCUAUAAUAUCUGUAUCUUUCCCUUUUCCCUCUCUUUUCCCUCUCUUCCCUCCAAUAAUAUCUGUACCUUUCCCUCUCUUUCCUCGAAUAAUAUCUGUACCUUUCCCUCUCUUCCCUCUAAUAAUAUCUGUAUCUUUCCCUCUCUUCCCUCUAAUAAUAUCUGUACCUUUCCCUCUCUUCCCUCGAAUAAUAUCUGUACCUUUCCCUCUCUUCCCUCGAAUAAUAUCUGUACCUUUCCCUCUCUUCCCUCUAAUAAUAUCUGUACCUUUCCCUCUCUUCCCUCUAAUAAUAUCUGUACCUUUCCUCUCUUUCCUCGAAUAAUAUCUGUAUCUUUCCCUCUCUUUCCUCUAAUAAUAUCUGUACCUUUCCCUCUCUUCCCUCGAAUAAUAUCUGUAUCUUUCCCUCUCUUCCCUCUAAUAAUAUCUGUACCUUUCCCUCUCUUCCCUCGAAUAAUAUCUGUAUCUUUCCCUCUCUUCCCUCUAAUAAUAUCUGUACCUUUCCCUCUCUUCCCUCGAAUAAUAUCUGUAUCUUUCCCUCUCUUUCCUCGAAUAAUAUCUGUAUCUUUCCCUCUCUUCCCUCGAAUAAUAUCUGUACCUUUCCCUCUCUUCCCUCUAAUAAUAUCUGUAUCUUUCCCUCUCUUCCCUCGAAUAAUAUCUGUACCUUUCCCUCUCUUCCCUCUAAUAAUAUCUGUAUCUUUCCCUCUCUUCCCUCUAAUAAUAUCUGUACCUUUCCCUCUCUUUCCUCCCUCUAAUAUCUGUAUCUUUCCCUCUCUUCCCUCGAAUAAUAUCUGUACCUUUCCCUCUCUUUCCUCUAAUAAUAUCUGUACCUUUCCCUCUCUUCCCUCGAAUAAUAUCUGUAUCUUUCCCUCUCUUCCCUCUAAUAAUAUCUGUACCUUUCCUCUCUUUCCUCUAAUAAUAUCUUUUUCCCUCUCUUUCCUCUCUCUAAUAAUAUCUGUACCUUUCCCUCUCUUUCCCCUCCUAAUAAUAUCUAUUCCCCCUCUCUUCCCUCUAAUAAUAUCUGUACCUUUCCCUCUCUUCCCUCGAAUAAUAUCUAAUAAUAUCUGUAUCUUUCCCUCUCUUCCCUCUAAUAAUAUCUGUACCUUUCCCUCUCUUCCCUCUAAUAAUAUCUGUAUUCCUUUCCCUCUCUUUCCUCUCUUUCCUCCGAUAUCUAAUAAUAUCUUCCCUCUUCCCUUUCCCUCUUUCUUCCCCUCGAAUAAUAUCUGUAUCUUUCCCCUCUCUUCCCUCAAUAAUAUCUUAAUACCUUUCCCUCUCUUUCCUCUAAUAAUAUCUGUAUCUUUCCCUCUCUUUCCUCUAAUAAUAUCUGUAUCUUUCCCUCUCUUCCCUCGAAUAAUAUCUGUACCUUUCCCUCUCUUCCCUCGAAUAAUAUCUGUAUCUUUCCCUCUCUUCCCUCUAAUAAUAUCUGUACCUUUCCCUCUCUUCCCUCGAAUAAUAUCUGUAAAACACCUUCCUUUUAUCUGUAUCUUUCCCUCUCUUCCCCUAUAUAAUAUCUGUAAUAAUAAUAUCUUUCCUCUCUUCCCUCUUUUCUUUCCCUCUCUUCCCUCCGAAUAUGUCUGUGCCUUUCCUCUCUUUCCUCAAAUAAUAUCUUCCCUUCCUCUCUUCCCUCUUAAUAUCUGUACCUUUCCCUCUCUUCCCUCUAAUAUCUGUAUCUUUCCUCUCUUUCCUCUAAUAAUAUCUGUACCUUUUCCUCUCUUUCCUCUAAUAAUAUCUGUAUCUUUCCCUCUCUUCCCUCUAAUAAUAUCUAAUAAUAUCUGUACCUUUCCCUCUCUUUCCUCUAUCUGUAUCUUUCUCUCUUCCCUCUUUCCUCUCUUCCCUCUCUUUCCUAAUAUCUGUACCUUUUCUCUCUUUUUCCUCUAUAAUAUCUGUAUCUUUCCUCUCUUUCCUCUAAUAAUAUCUGUUACCUUUCCUCUCUUCCCUCUAAUAAUAUCUGUACCUUUCCCUCUCUUCCCUCCAAUAAUAUCUGUACCUUUCCCUCUCUUCCCUCGAAUAAUAUCUGUAUUUCCUCUCUUUCCUCUAAUAAUAUCUGUAUCUUUCCCUCUCUUUCCUCUAAUAUCUGUACCUUUUCCUCUCUUUCCUCGAAUAAUAUCUGUAUCUUUCCUCUCUUCCCUCUUAAUAAUAUCUGUAUCUUUCCCUCUCUUCCCUCAGAUAAUAUCUGUACCUUUUCCUCUCUUCCCUCUAAUAAUAUCUGUACCUUUCCCUCUUUCCUCUAUAAUAUCUGUAUCUUUCCCUCUCUUCCCUCUAAUAAUAUCUGUACCUUUCCCUCUCUUUCCUAAUAAUAUCUGUACCUUUCCCUCUCUUCCCCUCAAUAAUAUCUGUACCUUUCCCUCUCUUUCCUCUAAUAAUAUCUGUAUCUUUCCCUCUCUUCCCUCUAAUAAUAUCUGUAUCUUUCCCUCUCUUCCCUCUAAUAAUAUCUGUACCUUUCCCUCUCUUCCCUCAGGAUAA